AUGGAUCGCCGUCCGAUUGUUGUCAAUUCUCUCCUCUGUUUUAUUCACAAUUAUCGUGACAGCAUUUUAACAAAUGAUCUUAAAACUAUUGUUCAUAAUUAUUUCUCAAAAAGCGUCGUAUCUGUCGCCUAUUCGACACUCAUUGAACUAUUACCGCAGCAGAAUGCAACAAUGACUGAUGAUACUAACUGCGUAGAAAGCAGUAAUGAUGGCAAUAUUUCAUCAUCACUUAUAUCAUCACCACCAACUGAUAUUAUCCAUUUAUAUGAUUAUGUUGCUAAAAAUAGUCAAUCACCAGUGAUAUUUGUUACUGCUGAUCUUAGCGAAUUACCGCUAACGUUAAUUACUGACGAAUUAGACUCAUCGAGUGAAAUACUUCGAGAAAUUCGACAACUCAAAUUAUUUAUUCAAGAUGCUUUAAGUGGAAAAAUUGAGCAUACUAGAAAAUCAUCUGUAAAUGGCACAGAUGAAUUUUUUACGACGGCGAGAUCGUUAGAAUCGAAAAUGAAUCCCAUAUCAUCAUCAUCAGAUACUACACCAACUGUAUCUACAGUAGUCUCGAGUUCAUGCUUCACACCCACAACUUCAUCUAGUUUCCCGCCGAUUAAUCCACUUGCAUUAUAUCCUAAAGCUAACAAUCAUUUUGAAAAAAAAAAGAAUGUCGGUUAUCGCUUAGAUGCAAUGGUUAAAAAAUUAACUGAAAAUAAACGAAAAGAGAGAGAAACGAUUCAGAUGCUUGGUACGCCAAUUUGGCCAACUGCUCAAAUGGUUAAUACAGUUGCUUAUAUUAAUAUGAUAAGGUCAAUGACGUCUAUGACAGCUGCAGCUGCAGCUGCAGCUCAAUCUUCAAUGUUCCCUUCUACAGCUCUGCCUCAACCGGACAAUUUGCCAUGGUAG